AACGCAGGGGUCUCAAAACCGGAAGUUGAGGCGGCGCGUUACAGUGAAUGCCCUUGUUCUCCCUCCCAUCUCGUUUCACUUCCGGCGGCGGUUUUAUUCUGAUUUAUUUUGAUAUGCAUCCGGGUCUCGCCGGCGUGGUUGGCGGCUGUUGUAGAGAGUGCGUGUGUAGCUAGGCAAGGCGCCGGGUAGAGCGCGUGGCUGGAGGACGGUACCAUGAUGGGGAGCACCUCUGAGAGAACUUGGAAUGAAGAAGCACAAAAUCAAGAAGGGCAUCAUAUGUAGGCCUCUGAGAAAUUGAAGUGCUCCAGAAUAUGGUGGCCAGGUUGUUAACCUCUACCUAUUGUAGGGAGGUCAUCACAGCUUUAGCACUACUGAAGCAAAAUAUGGAAUGGGUUUCACUGGUGACUGAAUCCAGCCAAACAAACAGUAUUGACAGUAGCCUGAAAGUCACCAGUUAGCAGUUUCUUCACGCUCCAACACUACACAGCACUUUCCAGAGAGAACAUUGUGUGCAAGAAAUCCGCUUUACAAAUCUGUCUCGGCACUCUACAGCUUUUGUCUGAUUAAAUACUUGCAAAGGCGAAACCUGUCUACAAGAGCACUCGGGGGAAAAUGGCGGAAUACCUGUGGAUGGUCAUUGUUGGUUUUAUCAUUGCUUUUAUCUUGGCAUUCUCAGUUGGAGCAAAUGAUGUUGCCAAUUCUUUUGGUACUGCUGUGGGCUCUGGUGUAGUUACUUUGCGCCAGGCCUGCAUUCUUGCUUCAAUUUUUGAAACCACUGGAUCGGUGUUACUAGGAGCAAAAGUAGGUGAAACUAUUCGGAAAGGUAUCAUUGAUGUGAACCUAUACAACAGUACUGUGGAUCUACUGAUGGCAGGAGAAGUCAGUGCAAUGGUUGGCUCUGCUGUUUGGCAGCUGAUAGCUUCUUUCUUGAAACUCCCAAUAUCUGGGACUCAUUGCAUUGUGGGUGCCACCAUUGGAUUCUCAUUAGUAGCAAUUGGCACAAAAGGAGUUCAGUGGAUGGAGCUUGUCAAGAUAGUUGCUUCUUGGUUUAUCUCCCCCUUGUUAUCUGGUAUGAUGUCUGGUGUGCUGUUUCUGCUGAUUAGAUUCUUCAUCUUAAACAAGGAAGACCCUGUACCCAAUGGUCUUCGUGCCCUUCCAGUGUUCUACGCUGCUACAAUAACGAUUAAUGUAUUCUCCAUAAUGUAUGCAGGUGCCUCAGUCCUAGGAAUCGUUCUUCCUAUUUGGGCAAUAGCACUAAUAUCAAUUGGUGUAUCGUUAGUAUUCGCUCUCUUAGUCUGGAUAUUUGUGUGUCCAUGGAUGAAAAGAAAAAUAGCAAGUCGGUUAAAGAAAGAAGGUGCAUUAUCAAAGAUAUCUGAUGAAAGCCUUGACAAAAUUCAGGAUAAGGAUCCACAUGUCUUUAAAGAACUUCCUGGUGCCAAAGCAAAUGAUGAAAGUACUAUUCCUCUUACUAGCUCUGGAACAGAAGAGGCUGGUGCAUCAGAUAAUAUAGCAAAUGGCAGCCAUCCACGUGUGCCAUAUGGAAGGGCGUUUUCAAUGACGCACACUAUGGUGAAAUCUCCUGUUUCGAAUGGCACAUUUAAUUUUGACGGCCACAUGAAGAGUGAUAUUCAUGUGUAUCACACUGUGCACAAAGACUCAGGAUUGUACAAGGACUUACUGCACAAAAUCCACCUAGACAGAGGCAGUGAUGACAGGCCUACGCAAGAAAACAACUACAGACUGCUGCGGCGCAACAACAGUUACACUUGCUACACAGCUGCCAUAUGUGGGAUGCCAGUGCAUUCGUCCUUCAGAGCUGCUGACACGUCAACCCCAGAAGAUAGCGAAAAGCUAGUUGCAGACACAGUGUCUUAUUCCAAAAAGAGGGUUCGCUAUGACAGCUACUCCAGCUAUUGCAAUGCUGUGGCAGAAGCAGAAAUUGAAGCAGAGGAAGGUGGUGUGGAGAUGAAGUUAGCGUCUGAGCUAGUGGAUCCUAACCAUCCCCCUGAGGAUCCUGCAGAAGAUGGAGAUGAGAGAGACACCUCACAGGUGCACCUCCUUUUUCAUUUUCUCCAGAUCCUUACAGCUUGCUUUGGAUCUUUUGCUCAUGGAGGCAACGAUGUUAGCAAUGCUAUUGGCCCCUUGGUUGCCCUCUGGCUUAUAUAUGACCAGGGUACUGUACUGCAAGAAGCUACUACUCCUGUUUGGCUGCUACUGUAUGGGGGCGUUGGAAUCUGUGUUGGCCUCUGGGUCUGGGGGCGAAGAGUGAUCCAAACAAUGGGAAAGGACCUCACACCAAUCACACCAUCAAGUGGAUUCACUAUUGAGUUGGCUUCGGCGUUCACAGUUGUGAUAGCUUCCAAUGUUGGACUUCCAGUCAGUACUACACACUGCAAGGUUGGUUCAGUGGUGGCUGUUGGUUGGAUACGUUCCAGGAAGGCUGUUGACUGGCAUCUCUUCCGCAAUAUCUUUGUAGCCUGGUUUGUGACUGUUCCUGUAGCUGGCUUAUUCAGUGCUGGCAUCAUGGCGCUCUUCAUGUAUGGUAUCUUGCCAUAUGUCUGACACCAUUGCUCCUUCUGGGAAAGAAGGGAGUGUCUGAAAUAAAAUAAACCAAGGUCUCUCCCUGAGAGUGCAGAGCUCCCUAUUUAAACCAUAUAGUAAGAAGUCAUCAACAAGGAUUUUUCCUCAAAAUCUAACAUCUACUGUACAUAACAUCAGUGUCAUUGGUGACAUAACAUGUGGUGCCGUUUUCUUAUGUAUUAAAGAAAUAUAUAUAUAUGCUUAUAGUAGGUAACACUACCUUAAGUUAUAAGUGAGGUGAAAAUAAUUGCCUAAAACUUAAUCUCUAGUAAAACUUGUACAUAAUGUAUCAUUUAGUAGCCAUUUUUUAAUCUUUUAAAGAACCUGGGAUGUAUUUGUCAAUUUGAUAAAUGAUGAAGCAAGGUGCAAAAUUGAUAGGAUUCCUUUUUUAAAAAAAUGCUGUUUAAUGAUACUGGAAGAAAAGUACAGAAGUGCAUUGUUAAAAACUUGGUUCAUAUCAUAUUGUUAUGUAUAAUACCGUAUGGACAUUGAAUUUGUAAAUACUUACAAAAUGUAACUUUUUAAUGGUGCAUUUCCCUCAUAUAUUUUGGAUAAGAAAGUUUAGAAAGUACCAAAGAAGAGGGAUAGCUUGUCAGUAUUAUAUUUGUCUCUGUGUGCUGUUUCUCUCUCUCACUCUCCCUCCUUCCUCAUCUUGUAGCACAUAAAACUUUCUAAUUAAAGUUACUUUCUACCAAUCAGCCACCAGCAAAGCCAGGAUAAUCUUGCUUAUGUUUUACUGUAACUAGUAAAGUGUUAUACUGUUACAAUCUGCAUAAAAAUAAUUCCCACAUGGGAUUUUAGAUCAGCUUCAUUAUGUUUUGAACCUCAAAUUCUCUUCAAACAAGUAUUUUCCACCCCUUGUAUAUGAGUCUAAUUCUGCUCCUGAACAACCAUCUAUUAGCAAGUUCAAGGGAUGGAGAGAGCUUUUGCUUUGUUUCUUCUCUUGCAUCCAGUAAUGUCAACUAUGCAGUGUCAGCAUAGAUUGCCGGUGACAUGCCCAGGGUCUGAAAGGGAGCAACCUAGGAUAAUUUGGGGUAUUAACCAACAGUCAGUGAACUGUGUUUGAACUGGUUAAGAUGGUUACCUUACAGUUAUCCUUAUAAUGGAGUAGAAGUUAAUAUAAGAGUCAUUCUGAUGAAGUGUGAGAUCUGCUUCAGUCGCAUCAGAAGUCCGAGACCAUGUGGAAGGAAUCUAAACUACAGCUCUUCAUGCCAAUAUAGCUCCAGUUUAGUGCUGGGAUGGGAAGGCACUGCAGUUUGGACCUCUCUGGUAUCACCUGGGACUUGUGACACUACGAAGGGAGACUGGAAAGAAUCACACUGUGGCAGUUUCUGAAGCAAUGCUGAAAGAAGCUCUAAAAAACCAGUUAUCUCUUUUGAAGAGGCAUCCUAGUCUGCCAGUCAUAUUUAAUGCAAUAAAGAUACUACUGAAGAGACCUAAGGAUCCCUGUCCUAGAACUGCAAUUUUCCAUAAUUUGGUAGAUACAUAUCUGAUGAGGUUUUUUUUUUACUGUAAAGCAGCCUUUCCUAACCUUUGGGUCCCCAAAUGUUGGUGGACCACAGUUCCCAAAGAUUAGGAAAGGCUGGAAAAGGCAGUCAGUGGAGGGAAUCUAGUUCCUUUUGUUGCAAUGGAAACCUUAAGCGUAGACUUUUGGGAAGUUCUCCUGCUCAAGUCGUCUUGAAAUUAAUCUGUGUUCUUGCACAGUACCCAUUUGUUUCCGUUGGACUUGUGUAUGAGCAUUUUGCAGGGGAUUUUGCUUCUUGGCAUUUAAAGAUCUGCUACUGUAACAGAGUUCAAGUUGGAUCUACUGGAGUGGGCUUGAGAAAGUAAAACCUGAAGAAUGGAGUGUCGAAAUGCUGCUAAACCUUUGAUACACGAGCUUUCUUGGUACAUCAUUGUGAUCCUUUUUCAUUGGUCAUUCAUUCUAAAUUUAUAAUAAAAUAAUAAAUUGCCCUAGAA